CUCAGAUCCAUGGCCGAAGUACAAAACGGCUACGCCAACCAUAAACUCAACUUCGAAGUGAUUCGCUCACCAGCAGUGAUAUUACACCCCGCCGGAGAGAUUCCUGCGGGCGGCCCCGCCACCUACUUCCUAUCUAACCUCGACCAGAACCUCGUGGUCAUGAUGAAGACGAUAUACUGCUACCCUGCGAGCGGCCGCCGGAGCACCGAACGCGCGGCCGAGGUCCUGAGAACAUCGCUGGAAAAGGUGCUUGUUUAUUUCUAUCCCUUCGACGGCCGAUUCGGCGUGGACGAGGGAGGGAAGCUCGUCGUGCGGAUGAACGGUGGUGGAGUGCCGUUCGUGGAGGCUGCUGCGGAGUGUGAGAUGGAGGAGUUGGGUGACGUGUCUUUGCCGGAGCCGGCCAGGCUGGGAGGGUUGAUUUAUUGUCCUCCGGCUGAGAGUAUAUUUGAAACGCCGCUGUUAACGAUCCAGGUGACGAGAUUCAAAUGCGGCGGCUUUGCCCUCGGCAUGGCCAUGAGCCACUCCCUGGCCGACGGCCUCUCCACGGUCGAAUUCCUUCAUUCCUGGGCCGAAAUCGCCCGGGGCCUCCCACUGUCUCUCCCGCCGUUUCUCGACCGCUCCAUCUUAAAAUCCCGCCGGCCGCCGGCUGUAGAAUUCCCCCACCCGGAGUUCUCCGACCUCGCCGGCUCUCUCUCCACCUCGGACUCAUUCUCCUCCAUCCCCCUCAUCCACAAAAGCUUCACCUUUGACGCUGAUAAACUCUCUCGCCUCAAGCUUCUCGCUACAGCCAAUGGCGAAUCACCGCCGCCGACCAGCUUCGCCGCCCUCACUGGUCUGGUCUGGCAUGCCCGGACCAAAGCGCUGAAAACGCCUUCCUCCGAUCCAACCAAGCUUCUAUUUGCGGUCGACGGCCGGAACCGGCUCAACCCUCCGCUCCCGACCGGGUUCUUUGGUAACGGCAUCGUCUUCGCCUGCUGUAUUUGCCCGGCCGGGGAGCUGGUUGAUAAGCCGCUGAGCCACGCGGUCCGGAUAAUCCAAUCCGCUGCCCGAGAAGUAACGGAUCGGUCUAUUAGGUCCGCCGUCGACUAUUUUGAGCUGACCCGAGCUCGGCCGUCACUUGCUGGUACGCUUGUGCUGACAGCCUGGACACGGCUUGGGUUUGGAGCUACAGAUUUCGGGUGGGGCAGCGCGGCUCAGACCGGACCGGCGGAGCUCCCUACCCGGGAGGUGGCGCUCCUCCUUCCAGAGAACAAUGGCGGUAAGGGCACCGUUAUGGUUCUCGGACUCCCAGCCUCGGCCAUGAACGAAUUUGAGGAGAUGAUGAAGUUCUAAUUGCAAACACAGCUUAUUAAGAAAUUAUGGAAAGUUUAGUUUAAAUUAUGUUUAAUAUGAAUAGUAGAUAUUGGACUUCCAUUAUAUUUUAGAAGAAAAAAAAGUUCUGUAUACUCCGAUAUAAAUUAUUUGAUUUUAUUUGCUUUAA